AUGGCGACGAUGGUUCUAUCGAAACGAUGGCAGUUUCUUUGGAUGUUCGUGCCGAGACUCGCCUACGACGAUAGCUAUCAAAACGUUGACUACGGAAGGUUCUCGAGGUUUGUAGACAGGUCAUUGUUUCUUCACGAGGCUCUGGUGAUUGAAACUCUGCGUUUUAAACUUGGCAAAACCUGCGGUGGCGAAGAUAUUCGAGUGUGGAUUAGAGCUGCGGAUAAACUCUCCGUUCGUGAGCUGAUACUCGAGAUCGACUUCUCUUCUAGUGAAUCUCCACCCAAACUUCCGGGGAGCUUGUACACAGGGUGUAGAGCGCUUGUGAAUCUGAGCCUGGACAACGUGGUUCUUGCGGAUGUUGCCUCCUCCGUUUCUUUCCCGUCGCUCAAAACGCUGAGCCUUGUGGCUGUGGAGUACUCUGGUGGUGAUGAGUUUGUCAACAGGCUUUUAUCGAGCUGUCCUGUGCUUGAGGACUUGGAUGUGGAUCAAUGCCCAUAUGACAAUGUGGAUAUUUUCACCGUGAGAGUGCCUUGUCUAAAGAGCGGUGGGUUUUGUAUCAUUGAGAGUGAUAUGCCUAAGCUUGUGACGGCAAGUUUUGACGUCUUCUAUUCGCAUUUUGGGAAUUUUCUCGGCUCAGUUACCUCCGUCAAGCGUCUAGAUUUAUGCUUAUCAACUUCAGAGAGUGCGUAUCCUGUUGGUAGUGUCUUCCACAGUCUUGUGCAUUUGAAGAUAUGCACAUGUGAAACAGAGUGGCUGAGUCUACUUAUGUGUAUGCUCAGAGAUUCCCCUGUUUUACAAUCUCUCAAACUCGAACAGUACCAUGGCACUACUGCUGGUAACUCGCGCCCCUGCUGGAAGGAACCGAGCUCAGUUCCUGAAUGUCUGUUAUCGAGUCUGAAAACUCUGGAGUGGGUGAAAUACGAAGGAGGAGAAGAAGAGAAAGAGGUGGCAGCAUUCAUCUUAAGAAACGGGAGAUGUUUAGAGAAAGUGAGUAUCUCUUCUAGUUCUGCAGACCCUUGCGAGAAACUUGAGAUGAUCAAGAAGUUGUCAUUUCUGUCAAGGUCUUCAAGUUCCUGUCAUCUUAUUUUUGACUGA